AUGUUUCUGGAUUUAAACAAAUUCAAAAAUCUCUGGCUGCUGCUACUUCUACCAAGUUUCACACAAUGUGAAACAGGUACUUAUAAAAGCUCCUUUCCUUCGGUUCCUGAAGAUAUCAUUGAAAGCACUUUUCCAGUCAAUUUAACAUUUGCAUCCAACUCAGACCUCAUUUUUUUAAAAUGCCCAGGAUAUGGAUAUAAGCAUACUCACGAUAAUGAUCAUUUCAAUUUUAACUACGAACUGUCAAGACAAGAUUUUUCUUAUCGCGACAAUGACCGUCUAUUCUAUUGGAUAUUUUCAAUAUAUAAUCCAUCUGGACCUCAAUUAUUUGAUUGUGGAAGUAUACGUAAAAGGCCCACUAGCAAUUCAUAUACAUCAUUUGAUUGGAAGUUCAAUAUCAAUUGGCAAAUUGCGCCAAAUCCAAUGAUGAUAGCAAAAAGAAUUAAUAUGUCAAAUCAAUUUCCGACUAUCGACAAUUGUGGCAGUAAUCAAGAAAAUAUUUUUAUGUAUACAAGAGACAGAGAUGGUAAAAUAUUUAGACUCAAAUUAGUUAAUAAUAGCUUGGAUACAUAUGAUGAACGGCCAUAUGCAAACAGACUUUACUAUGUGUUUACCAUGCCUGAUGAUAUUAAUAAUAAAGAAUACUUAGAACCUUGCAUGAUUGUUAAUCCUUCUAAUGACAGACCAGAAAUAAUAAUUAGAGGAUACAGUUCUUACCCAGUUUUUUUCAAGAAUAUACAAGUUAAUGUUAUUCAAUUGAACUAUGUGGAACAUUCUUGUACAGUCCAACUUUAUAUAAUAGAUAAACCAAAAUUAGAAUGGUUUUACAGAGACGAAAAAAUUUUAGUUAACGAAGUUAUUUUCACAAAGGAUGGAGUAAAAGAAGUGUUAAACUCCAAUAAAACUGUUAAACAAUACUUUACAUUAAAGGAACAUCGAAUUUUAAAAUUUUCUUAUGAUUGGCCGACAGCUGAAGGUUACCAAACGAUAACGAAAAUAUUUUAUUUUGCGCCACCAAAAGAAGAACAUGAAUUCAAUAUAGAAUACUUUUUUUACUUAGCAAAUGAAACGGUGCUCAAACCAAAUUGUUCCAUCAAUGGAAUCAGUUAUGGAUAUCUUUAUUCAGUUGGUUAUGAAGGAAAAAUAAUUAAUCUUGAUGAAUUGAAAACUAAUGGAGUAGCAAAGAAUGGUUUGUUUCGUUCUGGUGAUUUCGUUUUCACAUCAAAUGUUGAAUAUUUUAAUAUAACUCUUAAAUGCAUCUAUAAAACAGUAAAUGGAAGUGUUACUUUUAUCAAAUCGUUUCUACAUAAGGACAAAGUAAGUAUGCAAAUAGAUGAAAAUGGAAAACGAUAUUUGUUGGUUGAUACUUCUAAAUUAAAUCCACAAACGUCGCAGCAUGAAACACUAAAUAUUGGUCCUGGAUUGAUUAUUUUGUUUUGUAUUGUUGGUGUAAUCGUUUUGUUUGGUCUUAUAAUUGUUAUUGUUAUCUUUGUUAUAAUUUUAAAUACAAAAAUGAAGCCAUAUAUUAUAAGGAGGAAAUUAGCAUCUAAAUAUCCCAAUAUAUUUGCAUUGUGGAAAGAAGUAUCAAAUGCAAAUUUGGAAGAGUACUGUAAAAUAGUUCAAGACAAAGAAUUUAUUCCGGAUAAAUUGAAAAAUCAAUCGUCUUCAAAGAAAAUAGAAGGUGAUGAAGAGAUUGAUUUUGAUACAAGUGCUCCUUUUGAUUCUUCUUUGGUCAAAUGUUUUAAUACAAUAUUUGGAGAAAUUAGAGCUCAUUACAUUAAUGAUGUCUCACCAGAAAGAAAUUAUAUUAUCUCUGAUGGACCUACACCUGAAAGAAUACAAUAUUUUUGGGAGUUACUUUAUCAAGAGGAUGUCGCAGUGGUAGUUGCAAUAAUUUAUAGAGAUGCUGAAGAAUACUCAAAUAUGAAAAAAAAUAUUUUAUAUUGGUCAGAAACAGACCAGAUUUAUGGAAAUGUCACUGUUCAAUUUCUGGAAAAGCUCCCAACGAAAAUUAAAAAUAUUAAAGUUUUAAAGUUUCGCAUGACUAUGAAUGGAGGAAAACCAAAGGAACUGAUAAUUUUUCGUAUUAGUGAAUGGAGUGAGUACAUAUUGCACCAUAUGUCAUUAAAUUUUGCUAAAGUAUACUCAGAGGUUUCUGAAUGUGCUGGAAAUGGGAAUGUUCUUGUCCAUGCUUUACGUAGUCCUGGAUCAUAUGUAUUUAUGUUUACAUAUUUUUGCUGUAUUUUGGAAACAAUGAAAACUAAUGCCUCAAUUUAUAAUCCAAUGGAGAUUAUAAAACAAAUUCGUGAAAAGCGUUAUGGUGGAAACAUUUCUUCUAUUGAAUAUGCCUAUUUAUUGGAGGCUAUUAUUUCAUAUUUCUUUGAUAGCAACAUUUUGUUUAACAAAAAUUGUGAAAAGCAGACUUUUACCAUGAAAUUUUUGAAAUAUCGUAAAGAGGUGACUGUUAAUUCUGACAACAUGACUAGUGGAUUAUAUGGUGUUCUAAAAUAUAUUAAUACUCUUGAUGAUGGAAAAUUGAAUGAAUUUUGUGUACAAUUUGAUACAGUAGGAAUGUUAAGUUAUAAUUCUCUUAAAAAAAACUGUCGACGUUUCUUUAUUGCUAAAGAAAGUUUUAAAGAAAAAAAUCGUUACAAUGACAUACCAUGUCUUGAUUACAGUUCAGUAAACAUUAAUGGAUAUGAUAUAAAUAAUGUACUUGGUUAUAUUCAUGCUAACCAAAUGGUUUAUAAAUAUGGUGAAGGAAAAGAAAGAAAAAUUAUUAUGUGUCAGGCACCAUUAUCAGAAACAGUUGAUGAUAUGUAUGACAUGAUUUUUAGAUACAAGAUCGGAAUCAUUGUCGUACUUCUCAAUGAAAAAGAAAUAAAGGAACAAAAUAAAUGUUUUCCUUAUUUCCCAACAGAUGCUAAAGAAAUAAAAACAAGUAGAUAUACUGUCAUGUAUAUUGAUAAAAAAAUUGAUAAUGUAAAUCAUAUUAUUGAAUAUGAUUACACAAUUUUUAAUGAUAAGAAUUUACCAAAUAAUUUUAAACUUCUUCAAUAUAUUAAUUGGCCAGAUAAAAGCAUACCUACUGAAAGUAAAACAAUUAAUGAACUGUACAAAAGAAUUAUAAAUCUUGAUAAUAAUCGUUAUAUUGCGAUUCAUUGUAGCACAGGAAUAGGAAGAACUGGAACAUUAGCAUUAGCUAUUUUUAUGAUUGAUAUGAUCAAUUUCAAUGAAAAUAUUGAUCCAAUAGCAUGUUUGGAAUUUCUUAGGUCACACCGCUAUAAAGCAGUUCAAACUAAGAUGCAAUUUAUAUUUUCACUGUCAAUUGUUUAUGAACAUUUCAGAGAUGCAAUAGAUGCAAUGAAAACAGAUGCCUACAAAACUUUCACAACAUUUGCAAAAAAUAUCUAUCUUCACCGUAAACAAUAUAAAGGAUAA